CAAGCCAAAUUGGCUUCGAAGAAACUGGGCGUCAUAAAUAGAGCACGGCAAUACUUCAAGCAUGCCCAUAUUCUAGCGCAGGUCCGGCCACAUAUGGAGUAUUGCUGUCAUCUCUGAUCUAGCGCAUCCCAGUAUCAGCUCGAUCCCUUUGACCGCAUACAACGCAGAGCAGCUCGAAUUGUCGGGGACCCAGUGCUCUGUGAACGGCUGGAUCACUUGGCGUUACGUAGACAUUGCUUCAUUGUGUGUAUUCUACCGUAUUUAUCACGGGGAGUCUUCCGAAGAGCUGUUUCACCUGAUUUAUGUUGCCGAAUUCCACCUUCGCACGACACGCCAUAAGUUAGGAUAUCAUCCCCACCAUCUGGAUGUGUGGCGGUCUUCCACAGUGCGGUUUUCAAGAAGCUUUCUUCCACGUACUACAAAGCUGUGGAGUUAACUUCCUUGGCUGCUUGUUUCCGGUACCGUACGAUAUGGGUACCUUCAAAAAAAGCGCGUACACCGUCCUUAAAGGCCGGCAACGCUCCUGUGAUUCCUCUGGUGGUGCAAGAGAAUGUGGGCGGCGGCGAUCACUUAACACAAGGUGAUCCGUACGCUCGUUGGUCCACCUUUUCCAUAAAAAAAAAUAAGUUCUGAACUGUUGUCAUCUCUUUUUCUCAAUCACGAGAUUUUCUUUUUAUUCCACUUUUUUGCACUGGGUUAUUUGGGUCUCUUCUGGUGGCUCCGGGAAACGUAAAUGUUUUUCGAAAAUAUCAUUGAACGAUUAUAUUUGAUCGGCUUCGUUCUGUUGAUGGUUUGACGAUUGCGUGGUUGUCGUUAUAGCUAUGGACAUCAGCUGACACAGUGGCGGAGAAGCAUUGGUUGUCAGCUGAACUCAUUGGAGUUUCUUAUUGUUCUUGCUGUGAUAUAUAAUGUGAUAUCUGAAUUUCAUCACAUGGUAUAACCAAUAUAUAUGUGAUAUAAAUGAGCCUUGCUGAGUCAAGGUCAUAUUUUCAGCAAUAGUUUCAUCAGUAACAUACAAGGAGUCGGUCAACAAUUCUGAGGCAUCGAAUAAAAUGAUUUGUCUAAGUUGGACAACAUCCGGGAACGUAUUUGUGAGCCAUGGAUUUCGUGAUUGGAGGCUUAGCUGGGGCUGGGGCGACAGUAUUUACGAAUCCAAUGGACGUCGUUAAAACUCGCCUCCAGCUUCAAGGAGAACUAACUGCCCGAACCGUUCAAAAGUCAAGAUACAAAGGUAUCUUCCAUGGUAUCUACGUGAUCAUCAAAGCAGAUGGCUUGUUGGCGUUGCAAAAGGGCCUUGUGCCUGCCAUGACGUUUGGGUUUUGUAUGAACUCUGUUAGGUUAGGAAUAUUUCGCGUUGCGGAAGUGCAUGGAUGGACUAAAACGAAAGAGGGUGGUGUAAGUGUAGGACGGUCAGCGAUUUUUGCUUGCUCCGCAGGCCUUGUGAGCGGGGUUAUAGCUAAUCCUAUGUCAGUAUUAAAGACAAGGUUGCAAUCAGCAGCUCAUUCAAGUGUGGCUGUGGGGAAACAGCAUGAGUAUAAAGGUACAAUAGAUGGGUUCGUUAAAAUUUACAAAACUGAGGGACUUAGAGGACUUUUCGCUGGUGUGAACGCCGCAUGUUUCAGAUUAGCAGUGGGUAGCGGAGCUCAAUUAACUAGUUUUGCUGUGGCAAAAGAGUCCCUGAACUCUCGAGAUAUUUGCACAGACUCACCUGUCGGCAUGUCGUUUUUGGCGAGUGCUCUCAGCGGAGUGAUAUUAGUGGCUAUCAUAUGUCCACUAGACGUUGUCUGCGUACGGCUUUAUAAUCAGGGCCCCCAAUCGAAAGGUGAACAUUAUUACAACGGUCUGUUUGACUGUUUCAAGAAAAUAUUGAGAACAGAAGGUCUGCACGGCCUUUAUAAGGGCAUUGGUCCACUAUAUCUUAGAAUAGCUCCACACACAACUAUCUCACUUGUUAUUUGGGAUAUGUUGAAUGUUACAUUCAAUAAAGAUAGUAAACAUUGACAGAUUGUUGUUGUAAACAUAUUUCGAGACAUGAGCCCUGUAUAUUAACAGCCCAACUCCAAAAUUAUAGCAACAAACUUGAAAAUCAAAUUAUACUAAACAAUUUGUUAUGUUUUAAAGUGAUACUCGUGACUCACUUCUGGGAUUAAUUAAACAAAUAAAACUGAAAACAAAAUUUUAUGAACGACGCGGGACUCGAACUCGCGACCUCUCGCGUUCCGUGCUAGUGCGCUUUAAAACAUAACAAAUUGUUUAGAUUUGCAAAAGCGACGUCUCAAGUCAAUUUCCUAAUAUGCAUAUAUUGGGGUUGAGCAGGUUAUCAACUGUAAAGUAGAUACUGUAGAUCAAGCCACAACCUGAGAGUUUACAAAACAUACAAGAAUUUAUCAACGAUGCCCCACACGAAUGGUUGUCUCAGUUGGAAGAGCACUGAACUUCAAGUCCUGCAUCGUUCAUAACAAUUAGUUUUCAGUUUCAUUUGUGUCAAAUUAUAGUAUAUAGUGCUGACCCGGUAAA